UUUUGAGGAUCUUGACAAUUUAAAACACUUAUGUUUUUCCUGAAUUAAAACAUCUAAAAAAUAGGAUCAAAAUAAAUACUUUUCUUAAUUAUCCUCCAAAUAAAUUCAAAAAUAGCCCUCGUGAAAUCAACAUCACGCCAAUCGUCUUCUUCUUUUAGUGUUUUCACCAUCUUCCACCUCCAACUUACAUAGACAGCUCCUUUCCACCUGUUUUCUCUUUUUUAUUAUAUUCUCCGACAAAAGAGAAAAAGCACAAUAAACUCAGAAGAACAGAGAGUGUUUAGAGAACUAAAAAAGAACAUAUCCUCUGUCUGCUUCAAAGCUAUGGGUUCUUCUGCUUCCAAAACCACCACUUCUUCUUCUUGUUCUAACUCUUCUUGCUCUGCGUCACGUUCACCACCGGAGAAGAAACUAAACUCAACGACGGUUCCGAGAGCUUUCUCAUUCCCGAUGCCGUCGGUUCAUCACCCGCCGGUUAAAAAAGGCGACACGCACCACUUCGUCUCCCUCACGUCCACCACCUACGGUUCUCUCGAUCUCGACGUUCGAACACUACCUCAUAUCUCUGUUCCCGUGAAUAACACGGCUAAGCCAGAGGAGUCACGUGACUCCUCCUCGGUGUCUCCUGACUCGGUGAUCAACACAUGGGAGCUCAUGAACGAUCUCGAAGAAGACGAGUUCGGUUCGACGAAACGUGACGUGGACGUUAAUGGGUCUUACGAGUUCGUGAAGGUCGAAGAGGAUUGGGUUCCUUUGCCUUCUGAACCUAAGCAGCCUCUGUGGAAACAUAUGGCUGAAGAGUCGUUUCUCUCUGGUUUGGAUUCUAAUCUCAUCUCAUCUUACAAGAGAGCAUUGUCUUCGAGACAACUAGGCAAGAACACCAAACCAGUCUCAUCAUGCAGCCACUCAGAUCAAUCGGUUGUCUCUUCGAGUCCAGUGAGUCCUCAGGCUUCGGAAGAGCAAGAGAAACCAAGAUUGGCUGAAACAGAAGAAGACCACAAGAACAAGAUAGUAGUAUUGUACUUCACUAGCCUCAGAGGAAUCCGAAAGACUUAUGAGGAUUGUUGCUACGUGAGAACGGUGCUGAGAGGGUUUCAAGUUGCAGUAGAGGAACGUGACAUCUCAAUGGACUCUGAAUACAGAAAAGAGGUUCAGAUUUUACUCGGCGAAGAGAAACCGGUUUGCUUGCCUCAGGUGUUCAUAAGAGGCGUCCAUGUUGGUGGAGUUGAGGAGAUCAAGAGACUCAACGAUGGAGGUGAACUGGGAGAGAUGUUAAGAGGGUUUCCUGUUUGUGAAACCGUGGGAGCUUGUGAAUGCUGUGGGGAUGCAAGGUUUGUGCCGUGUGGUAGUUGUGGUGGUAGUACUAAAGUGUUUGAGGAACAAGAAGAUGGGUUUAAGAGAUGCACUGGAUGUAAUGAGAAUGGAUUGGUACGUUGUAACAAAUGUUGUCUCUAGUGAUUGGAUUCUUUUUUUUUUAUUGAUGUUUGAUGUGAAGAGAAGAAAAACAUUUAGGGGUAUACUUGUGACUUGGGAUAUGUUUUGGUUGGGUUGUGUUAUUUUGAAUGAAUUAAUUGGCUUGUGUUUUUUUGUACAUGGAUAUAUGAAAUGACUUAAGGCUUGAAAGCUAUUGGCUUUUAGGCCUCAACUGUUUCUUUUCCAAAA